AAAACUUGUAGCACUUAUGAAACAGUGUUGUUUAGAUAAACUUUAUUUUAUUUACUUUUAAAAAACGUACAAAUGAGGCAAUAUGUGCGACAAGCAGUUUUUAUUUUAAUCAUAGUAAAACUAUUUAUCAUUUAUUUUGCUGUUGUUCCGAAGUCAGUUACUAGUCGACUAAAAAGUUUUUUUUCUGUAUAUAAUAGUCGUCAAAAUACGAGUGGUAUCCAAGAACAAUUACCUUGGCAUAAAAAAGCAAAUAAGUUUGAAAACCUUAAUGAAAAUAUCAUUUAUGCAAAAUUUAACAUAAAAAAAGCCAAAAACCGCAAAAAGCUUAAUAUUAUAGCUAUAGUAUCCUCUGCACCAAAUAGAAAAGAUAGAAGAGAUGCAAUUCGUGAUACCUGGUGGAAUCAAUGCAAGUCAACUGACAGGGUUUCUAUAAAAUGCGUGUUUCUCACGGAUCGGAAAAAUCUAGACACAAAACUUGGUGAAGAUCUUUUGUUUGAGGCUAAAAAGUAUGGCGAUUUAUAUUUUCAAAAUUUAACCGGAGGUUACGAUUUCGGUAUGAGAUUUCUUUAUCAUAUGGUUUGGUCCAUGCAAAACAUAAACUUUGAUUAUUUUUUGCGUCUUGACGACGACUAUUUUGUAUGUAUGGAACGAUUUCUUGAUGAAGUUCCUAUGCCUCCCAAGAAACUUUAUCAUUGGGGCUGGGUUCAUUGUUCGUUAAAUAUUGUUCGUCCUGAAGAAAGCAUAAUUUUAUUAUCAAGAGACGUAAUUGAAAUAUUCUUAGGUCAAGAUCCUGAAAAAAUACUAUGCAACAGAUGGGCAGAUCAGAUGAUUGGCAUUUGGAACAACGAGCUUAAUCUUACAAAAUUAUAUCAUCAUGAUAACCGUUUGCACCAUCAUCCUCCAGCUCGAGAUAUUGAAAGUUUUAAAUCUCGAGAAAAUAUUUGCACUGAUUAUAUUGGUGUUCAUGGAAGUUAUCCAAUACAAAUGAGAACAUUGUGGAAAAACAGAGGUCCCAAAAAUUACAACAAAAACAACUCCCUUGAAAACUUUAGUAGUUUCUGUAUGUAUGACUCAAUUAUGGAUUGGAAAAGUUUUGAUCCAUAUUGGAGAAUUGAACCAAAGUUAUGCAAAACAAAUCCAAGUUGGGGUGGACCAUUUGGCACUACAUAUAUUGGAAGAGAGGGCAGUUGAUACGCGAAUAAUAAUAAAAAAUAAAAAAUGAAAAAAAAUUAUCCAUUUAUAAAAUCA